AUGUACUCGCGCGACCCCUUCAACCUCCGCAGAGCACCCCCCUCGGCCCUCACAUACCUCCAAUCCGCCGCGUCGCACGCGUCCAUCGUUGCCCAUAAAGCCACCGAGAAGGCUGCAGAGGCGGUGACUGAGACGGUACAAGCUGCGACCGAGAAGGCAAAGGACGCAAACAUGUCCUUCAAGCUGCCUAACAAUAUACCCAAUUUCGACAACGCGCAGCGCCGCUUCGAAGAUCAUGUCUGGAACAAAUUCAGUGGGAAUGAAAAGGAGCUGCCCAUGUACAAGGAUAAGCCGUCAUAUGGAUCACGGAGAGGUGGUCGAUGGUUUUCGGGAAAGACGAGGGUUGGCAUAAUUGGGCUCGUGGUGUUAGGGGCGCUAUAUUGGUUAGGAUGGUCAAACAGAGGAGGAAGUGAGGAGGGCAUCAAGGGUGGAAAGCCAAGCAGUUGGAUGCCGGGGACACAGACGGGAAAAAAGAACGUAGAUUGGAAUACGCGCAGAGAGAGCGUGAAAGACGCAUUCUUGUUAAGUUGGAAGGGCUAUGAAGAGCACGGCUGGGGCUACGACGAAUAUCACCCCGUCGCGAGAACCGGACGAUUCAUGGCGCAGCCGAACGGCAUGGGUUGGAUCAUUGUGGAUGCAUUGGAUACACUGAUGGUCAUGAACCUCACGAAAGAGCUGAAGCAUGCACGCGAAUGGGUAUCUACCACGUUGAACUACGAGAAAGACCAGGACGUCAAUACUUUUGAGACUACGAUACGCAUGCUCGGUGGAUUGCUGUCGGCCCACUACCUGCAAGAAGCGCUACCCGGGAUAAAACCUGAGAACGCGAAUGAUGAGGAUCUCUUUCUGGAGAAGGCUGUUGACCUUGCCGACAGGUUGAUGGGCGCGUUUGAGUCGCCUUCUGGUGUUCCAUGGGCGAGCGUGGUCUUGAAGGACGGAGAAGGCAAACCUUCGCAUGCUGAUGGUGGAGCUUCCUCGACUGCCGAGGCUACAACCCUGCAACUGGAACUGAAGUACCUUGCCUACUUGACAGGUGAGCCGCACUACUGGGAGAAGGCCGAGAAGGUGAUGGAAGUCAUCGACAACAACGGUGCCAAGAACGGUCUCGUUCCGAUUUUCGUUUACGCGGACAAGGGCACCUUCCGAGGGGAGGAGAUUCGCCUCGGCAGCCGUGGGGACUCAUACUACGAGUAUCUCAUCAAGCAGUACCUGCAGACACAGAAGCAGGAGCCCGUCUACCUCGACAUGUGGAACGAGUCGCUAGGCGGAGUGAAGAAACAUCUUCUUGCCUACUCAAAAAACGCACACUUUACCGUCCUUGCCGAACGCCCGUCAGGCCUAAGUGGACAUCUCCACCCUAAGAUGGACCACCUUGUAUGCUUCUACCCCGGUACCAUCGCACUAGGAGUCACCGAUGGUCUCACCGUCGCCGAGGCGCGCAAACAGCCCGGCUGGGGCAAAUCCCAGGAAGACGAUUUGAUCCUCGCACGCGAACUGAUGAAGACAUGCAUGGCAACCUACCGCGUCAACCCCACCGGUCUCGCAGGCGAGAUCACGCACUUCGAGCUCGCGGACCCACCAAGAACAUACCGCCAAGAAGUCCUUCAAUCGAAGGGUAAUCUAGAGACCGAUGAGGAUGCAGAGUGGAAGAAAGACCUCAUCGUCAAGCCUGCGGAUUCGCACAACCUCCAAAGACCUGAGACCGUGGAGUCGCUGUUCUACAUGUGGCGUAUCACUGGUGAUGAGCUGUAUCGCGAGUGGGGCUGGGAGAUGUUCGAAAACUUUGUCAAGCAUACUAUUGUCGAGAACGGUGGAGGCUUUACGAGCGUCAACGAUGUGAGGACUGUGCCGCCGCCUGGGAGGGAUAAUAUGGAAAGCUUUUGGCUGGCCGAAACGCUGAAGUAUUUCUACCUCCUAUUUAGCCCCAACGAGCUCCUGCCGCUCGAUCAAAUUGUGCUCAAUACGGAGGCGCAUCCGUUCCCGAGGUUCGACGCGAGUAAGAAGCGAUUCAAGACCGGGUGGAAGAGAAUACCGAGGGAUGAGAAGGGGGAGUUGAUUAGGUCGUAA